CCCCCUCCCUUCUCUCAACGAUAUCCCAACUUCCCCGAUGGCCUUUGGGCCCUUUGGUCCCUUUGGCCCCUUUCCCUGGCCGGGCCCCGACCCCCCCCCCCCCCCCCCCCCCCCUUCGCCAUCAUGGGGAAUGUCGCCAGCCGCCUCGACGAUGCGGGGAACUUGUUCUUCAAGGAUCAGAAUCGCUUCUCGAUCGCAUCGGUCACAAUAAGCAACCCUCGGCGUCGACUUUUGAACUUGACCCCUAAUGCGUUCCCCGCGGUGAGAUUCGCUGCAAAGCGCGACGUCGGUGACGAGACUCCGAUUGAAUACAUCCAGGACCCCGACACCCCCCUCUCCGCUUCAAUCCCGACUUUCAUGCUGCGCCUGUCCAACGACGACGAGCUGAUCUUCAAUUUUACUUUUAUCAUCCGUCAGACACAGAUCGGGAACGCUGCAAGCUCCACUGUCAAUGGGGUCGCAACCUCGAUGCCCGAGGUGGCAGAUACCAAUCUCACGGGGUUGACGUUUGCUCAUGCGUCUAACUCCAAAGAACUAGAUAAUCUGAUCACGAGAGAAUUCCAUGCGAACCCGAACCUCCAAAAUAACUCGAACGUCCAGUUGAUUGGAGACUACUCGACCGGCGGGACACCCUCCGUGACCUUUGACUGGUCCUGGUCCUGGAAGCCCCCAAAGGCGAUGGAGGACAAAGGGGGCGGCUGGCGCAACAGCUGCAGCUUCUUGGACUAUGAUCAACGAACUAACCGCCUCAACACUCUUGCUCACUUCUCCUUCUGGGUACACAACUCCCCUCGCCUCCUCCCGAGCCCCAGCCCCCAGCUCAGCUCUCCGAAACUCGAACUACCAGUCCUCCCGCGCUCCCGUAUCCCAUCCACCCAAUCCGUUGCUUCGCAUUACAGCGAUGCAGAGUCGACCUACAACGAGAUUGCUUCGCCAGAGCCGACCGAAAAGGCAUUGCCUCCUCCGCCGACCGCACCCCCUCCCCCACCACCGGCCAAGGUCGAUCUCCCACAUUCGCGGGCGGGCGACGAGAUGAGUGGGGUGGAAGAUGGGCCCUUGUUCCGAGCGACCAUGAAAGCUCUGGAAUCGAAAACAACCAACAUGCGAGCGAAAAUCAAGAAGGUGCUCAAAAAGGCCGAAGGUGCACAGCAAGCGCAAGCAAGCUGCAAUGAAGCCGUGGAGGCCUUCUUGGGCUCGUUGAAUGACGCAUCCACAUCCAAUGCGAAUGCGAUACAGCCCGCAUUAGACCAUUACUUUGAAAAGAUUGCUCGGCAGAUCCUGAAAUACGAACAGCUCAACACACUGCAACUUCAGAAGCUUGUCAUCGAACCUCUGAUCAAGCUUUAUCAUAAUGAUAUCAAACAGGCAGAGGCCAAAAAGAAAGAGUGGGAUGAAGAAAGUCGCGACUACUAUGCAUAUGUCAGCCGGUACCUGGGUCAGCGCCAAGAUUCCCUGAAGGAGAAGAAGCGUGCCGAGAGCGAUUCUAAGUAUCAGGUAAAGCGACGGAAUUUUGAACUGAGACGCUUCGACUACUCCUCUUUCAUGCAAGACCUCCAUGGAGGUCGCAAGGAACAGGAGGUCCUCUCUCAUCUCACUAAGUAUGCCGACUUCCAAGCCAAGAACUUCUUAGCAACCGCCAAAAAUGUCGAAUGCAUGACUCCUCAGCUGGAUGCCCUCAUUCAUGAGGUAACUCAGGCGGACAAAGAGUUUCAAUUUCAGCGCACAGAACGCGAAGAGAAACGACGGGCCUUGGAAAACGGCAGCAACCCGUAUCUCGAACCCGAUGCGGUGGCUGGCGCAACUGUCGCGUCUGUCGCGUCACCUGGAGUGACCAAUGGUGGCACUUCCGAGGUCGAGCUUGGCCGUGCCGACAGUACAGGCUCGCAGCUUCGUGGCGUUAUCAGCAAUUCAUCGUCAGUUUCGUCCCAAGCAAACGCAGGGUCUGUCGCCUCGGCUGCAGGGACUUGUGCGCCUGCAUCCAACCCGACGGCGGUGGGAACACCCAGUCAGAAUCGCUUCAAGGGCAUCCGUGACUUAGAGGAGCAGACAAGUCUUGGGUCCGAUCGGACCGGUGGCCAGCAGCGGAAAGAAGGCCUUCUAUGGGCGUUAUCCCGCCCUGGAUCACAUAUCGACCCCAAGGGUAUCAACAAGCAGGCAUGGCAUAAGUUUUGGAUCGUUCUGGAUCAAGGGAAAUUGUCCGAAUAUAGCAAUUGGAAACAAAAGUUGGACCUGCACAUGGAUCCAAUUGACCUGCGCAUGGCCUCUGUGCGUGAAGCUCGCAAUGCAGAGCGACGGUUUUGCUUUGAGGUGAUCACACCUCAGUUUAAACGAAUUUAUCAAGCCACGUCCGAAGACGACAUGUCGAAUUGGAUUCGGUCCAUCAACAAUGCCCUCCAGAGUGCGGUUGAGGGCCAGGGGACCCCGCCUUCGUCUUCGUCUAGGAACGACCCUCCCAGCCGGGAUAUUGGUUCCGCACUGACAGGAAAAAGCUCCUCUGUGUCUGGGCACCACGGCUAUUCCAACUCUAGCUCAAGCAAUAGUGGUGGCGUGAUUCGCCGAACCACUGUCGGUGCACGCCCCAGCUACGUCCGCCAUGACAGCAACAGUUUCGAAGAGAAUCCCGCGAGACUCCUCCAGGUCAUCCGUGAUGCAGACCAGGGCAAUAACUGGUGUGCCGAUUGCGGGUCAUCAUCCAAGGUCGAGUGGGUGUCGAUCAAUCUCGGAAUUGUGCUUUGCAUUGAAUGUAGUGGAAUCCACCGCUCCCUAGGCACGCACAUCUCCAAGAUUCGCUCACUCACCUUGGAUGUCCACUCCUUCUCCAAUGAUAUUGUUGAGAUCCUUCUGCAGAUCGGCAACCGCGUUAGCAACAUGAUUUGGGAGGCUAGCUUGGAUCAGGCCUCCAAACCGAACGCCAGUUCCACGCGCGAGCAGCGCUUGAAGUUUAUCACAGCCAAAUAUGUCGACAGAGCCUACGUUGAGAGUCUCCCCUCUCCGCGCUCCAGCUUUGCGACGCCCAAUGAACACAUGUUGGCCUCCAUCAAGAAGAAUGAUAUCGUCGGCGUACUCUACGGCCUCGCCCUGCGCGCGAACAUCAAUAUCACCGACCGUUCCCGCAACACCCACGCCACAUUCCUCGCUCUCGCUGCGGCAGAUCCUGCAUCCCCAGGCUCAACCCCAACCUCUACCUCCACUUCUCUCCCCCGCACGCCCGCAAAAGCAACCCCCUUCCCCGUCGCCGAAUUGCUCGUCCAAAAUGGUGCGGAGAUCCCUCCCCAGCCUCCCUCCAUCCCCCUCUCCCCUGCCGCCCGGCUUUACCUCAGCCAGCGCACCGCACGCACUUCUGCUUUCAGCGUUCCGCCCCCGCCUCUCGGUGGAAAGCCCUCUGCCAACGAUACCCUUGGCUCCCUCCCUACCAUUCGCAGUAAGGAGCCCGCGCACACCCCCACUCUUGCGGAAAGCAGAGACAAAGAUCGAGAAAAACUGUCGAAGCGUGGCAGUGCCGGUGCGCGCUUUGCUGGGAAGGUUGCUUCCCUUGGCAUCGAUCGCUGA